GCUGUGGCUGGCGCGCCUGUAUUCCGCAGCACAAUACGCUUGUCAAAAAAUGGAGUGAAGUUUUCAUUCAUAAUUUGACAGCGAUCAUUCAAACAAAUUUUGUAGCAGUGUGAUUUGUGGUGUCAGAUCUUCAUAAAAUGUCACUCUUUCCAGCGUACUCAAGCACUUCUGAUGAUCCUACCCACACUUGCAACACGACUAUAAAAAUCGAAGGUGAAGCGUCAAACCACUGGCUGAAAAAUUCAAGCUAUGUCAUAGCUGCGGUUAAAACGCCUGUGAUCGAUAUAUCAUCAGAAUCCUCAUCCGACGAGUCAGUGAAAAUUUUAACAAAUGAUAUCAGACGUUCACCAUCUCCUGAGAUAAUACCGAUAGAUUCUGACUCAAGCUUAAGUAGUGAUCACAAGAGUUCAAGACAUUCUAAAAAGCAUAAAAAACGCAAGAAGAAACAUAGAGAUAGAAGUAGUCAGAGGCGCGAGCCCCAGUAUGAAAAGGAAGUUGCAAAUGUGUAUAUCGAGGACACCACCAGAGACAGAAGGAACUUAACCAUCUCUACACAUACUGGAAGAAAUAGGCCAAGUUAUACGCUACAUGGUUCAGGCUCUCUCGGAUUUACAGCAUAUAAAACAUCGAAGAGGCAAGUGACUCAGAGAUAUCACAUGGUCAACAUAGACUCCGUGCAAAAAGGAGAAAAGCUGGAUACUAGAAUCAAAAGAGGGAGUUCUAACAACAAAAAUAAGGAUCAAAAUGAACAGGAAGAUAUUAACUGGGGUGUGAACAUGGAACAUGAGCAAACGGAAAGGACUAGAGAGUUCAAUGAACAACUUGCCGAGGAUCCAACUGAUAUUGAAUUAUGGAUAAAAUAUAUCAAGUUUCAGGAUGUUAUUUGUCAAUUUGAAAAAGAUAGAGGAAUCAAAGACGUUCGUAGCACAACUACUUGCCAGCGUAAACUGGCAAUAACGACUAAAGCUUUAGAAAAGAACCCUAGUUCUGUUGAAUUACUGAAACUCAAACUAGAACUUACUGCUGAACUGUUACCUGCAGAUCAAUACUCUGUCGAAGUCGAGACGCUACUGAACAAGGACUCGGGUAAUAUCGUUUUAUGGCAAGCCUUAAUUAUGGCCACGCAAACUUCGCUGGCUAUAUGCACAGUCCCAAAAGUUUUGGACUUAUAUUCUAGAUGUAUUACAAGCUUGCGACAACGUCUGAGAACCAACUCCCGGUUAUAUGAUGAACAAAUUUUAGAAAUGCUGUACCGAUGUUUGACAUUCUUGAGGCAAGCAGGGUUAUGGGAACAAAUGUGGGAAACCUUGAGAUUGAAUCUGACUCUCAAUUUGAAUUUGAGUAAGGAUAACUUUCGUUUCCAAGGAUUUAUUGACGAACGAAAAUUGAUUGGCAUGGAAGAAGUUAUUUUAACGUCACGACUUCCCUUGAACCAACUUUGGCUCAGAGUAGAAUCUCUCCGGGAAAGCUGCCACUGGAUCAGCGUAAGCAGCGAUCAAUUAGAACUUUUAGGAGAUUCAAGGCGAUUUGUAUUACCUGAAGAUGUCACAGACUUUGUGCAACCCAUAAUGUCCCGAGGAUCAAGUUUAAAACUUGCCAUCUAUGCUAUUCUCUCCUUAAAAGUGCCCAUACUUCCUAUGUACGAUUUUAUUGCCCGGGAUCUUAAGUUGACGGAAUUGUCAUGGGAUUUGGAUUCGGUCGAAAUGUUGUUACCGUUAGCAUAUCCUUUGGUUGGAAUACUGGGGGGGUCUAUAGAGAAAAAAAGGGUGAUAGAAGGAAUACUCGAGGGGAAUUUAACGUCAGGUCCGCAGUACCUAAAGUUUCAUCCGGCGCAAGAGCCUUACUUAGACUUUGUCAGGGAUACAUUUUGGGCAAUCGCGGAAAGUUUUCUGCCCACACAGUACGAGCGUACGAGUAUUUACGUUUGGUGGCUGCGCUUUGAAAGGCUAUUAGCUUCUCUAAAUCGGGACAAAGAUGAUUAUAGGCGUAAGAAAUUAAAAAGUAUGGUAAAAGAUUUUCUGAAACGUGAAGGCAACAGAAAUAAUCUUCACUUAUACAGGGAAUACGCUCUGAUCGAAAGAGAAAUCGGCCAUUUCAAAAGCUGUGUGAAUAUUCUGGAGACAGCUAUUGGAAUGCAGAGUGAAUUUCUUGCAACAAUUUCCGAUCGCUACGAAAAAGGAGCCCUCUGCAGCGUGUUCAGAGCUCUUUUUGAGACAUUACUCGAUGAGAAAACUUAUCAAGAAGGUCAUAAGGGCCAAAUACUAACAUCUACCGCUCGUAUGGUUCCUGGACCAGAUGAAAAUCGUUUGGAGCAGGCGGAAGAAUUCUUGGAAACUAGCGUCCGCGAAUUUUUACAGCAGCCUCUGCCAGAUGCAGAUGAAAAUAUGUACUUUCUUCCAUAUCUUGAAUGUGAUUUGAUUACGUGUUACGCCUAUUUCCUCUAUGUGAAAAAUUCUACCAUCACCGAAUCGAUUGCCGUAAUGGAAAAUUGUUUGGAAUAUUCUAAAGACAACAAAUAUUUACAGGAAUGUCUGUACGAAAGUACCAUUGCUCUUUUGCAUCUGGAUUGCAAGCAAUCAAAAUCGCAUACAAUUUUGAAGGAGAAACUUGACAAGGGAUUGGCGUUGUACCCCAUGAACUGCUACAUGCUUUCCAUUGAUAUAGAGAUGGAGAGUAAAUUGCCAUGUUGGAAGUUGAGCAGAAACCGCAAGGGAUCCUUGCAAUUAUUGGCAUCGUGUCUCUCUGGUCGUGUUCGCAUCGAGCGGUUGGAGAACCUCGGGCUCACAGAUGCUGCACUAGCUGCAACGAAUAAGCUCUUGUCGACUUAUCGGAGAUUAGCUAGAGAUUCUACAGCACAAAAGUGUCCGUUGAUGUGGAGACUGUACAUGCUCUUUUUGCGAGAACGAAAUUUAUGCGAGGGAAGGGGAGAGGAAGUCUAUCACGAAAGCGUUGCCCAGUGUCCAUGGGCCAGAGGUAUUUAUACAGACGCUGCCCAAGUGGCGCCUCAACUUUUGACCGAAAUCCAGGACUUGAUACGCGAAAAAGAACUGAGAAUGCACGUCACGCCGGAAGAAUUGGAUAUUCUUCGAGGCUGAAUUUGGGUACCGGAUUCUUUUCAUAUCCAUAAUGUAUGUUUGUAAAGAUGUAUAAAUUAAAGCUUUAUUAAAUUUGUCAUAA